GUCCGUUCAGUGCCCCUGUGUGGAAACCCCGUAGCACGAACCAGCUCCGGCCAUAACAACCGUAAUACAAGAUGGCGGGUGCCGACGGUGAUGAUUCUCUUUACCCCAUUGCGGUGCUUAUUGACGAAUUAAGAAAUGAAGACGUUCAGUUGCGGCUGAACAGCAUUAAGAAGCUCUCCACCAUCGCCCUGGCGUUGGGUGUUGAAAGGACGCGCACUGAACUUCUCCCUUUCCUCACAGAUACUAUCUAUGAUGAGGACGAAGUGCUCCUUGCCCUCGCUGAGCAGCUGGGUAACUUCACCAUGCUGGUUGGAGGCCCUGAAUAUGUGCACUGUCUCCUUCCACCGUUGGAGAGCCUGGCCACAGUGGAGGAGACAGUGGUGCGGGACAAAGCCGUGGAAUCACUGCGGAAGAUCUCCCAUGAGCACUCACCUGUGGACCUGGAGGUGCACUUCGAGCCCCUGGUAAAACGCCUGGCCAGCGGUGACUGGUUCACCUCACGCACUUCAGCUUGUGGUCUCUUCAGCGUCUGCUACCCGCGGGUCUCCAGCACAGUCAAAGCCGAGAUACGCCAGCACUUUCGUAACCUUUGCUCUGAUGACACUCCGAUGGUCCGCCGUGCUGCUGCGUCUAAGCUGGGCGAGUUUGCCAAAGUGUUGGAGCUGGAUUACGUCAAGAGUGACAUCAUUUCUCUGUUCACUGCACUGGCUUCUGACGAGCAGGACUCGGUGCGUCUCCUGGCUGUGGAGGCGUGUGUGAGCAUCGCAACGCUGCUGCCCCAGGAAGACCUGGAGUCUCUGGUCAUGCCCACUCUUCGCCAGGCCGCCGAGGACAAGUCCUGGAGGGUGCGCUACAUGGUGGCAGACAAGUUCUCUGAGUUACAAAAGGCAGUCGGUCCAGAAAUCACAAAGAACGACCUUGUGCCAGCCUUCCAGAACCUUCUCAAAGACUGUGAGGCUGAAGUGCGUGCCGCUGCUGCCAAUAAGGUCAAAGAAUUCUGCGAGAAUUUACCGGAAGACAGCCGAGAGACGAUCAUCAUGAAUCAUAUUCUUCCCUGCGUCAAGGAACUGGUUUCAGACACAAAUCAGCACGUCAAAUCAGCUCUGGCCUCAGUGAUCAUGGGUUUAUCGACCAUUCUGGGCAAGGACAAUACCAUUGAGCACCUGCUUCCUCUCUUCCUGGCCCAGCUCAAAGAUGAGUGUCCAGAGGUGCGUCUGAACAUAAUCUCUAAUCUGGACUGUGUGAAUGAGGUCAUUGGGAUCCGCCAGCUCUCCCAGUCUCUUCUCCCUGCUAUUGUAGAGCUAGCAGAAGAUGCCAAGUGGAGGGUGCGGCUGGCCAUCAUUGAAUACAUGCCACUUCUGGCCGGCCAGCUGGGUGUGGAGUUCUUUGACGAGAAACUGAAUUCCCUGUGCAUGGCAUGGCUUGUCGACCAUGUAUAUGCCAUCCGAGAGGCAGCCACCUGCAACCUGACGAAGCUGGUGGAGAAGUUUGGUGCAGAGUGGGCUCAGAACACUAUCGUACCUAAGGUGCUGGGAAUGGCCAAUGACCCCAACUACCUGCAUCGUAUGACCACGCUCUUCUGCAUCAACGCUCUAUCGGAGGCGUGCGGCCAGGAGAUCACCACCAAGCACAUGCUCCCUGUCGUCCUGAAAAUGUCCAACGAUCAGGUGGCUAACGUGCGCUUCAACGUGGCCAAGUCUCUACAGAAGAUCGGUCCUGUUCUGGACAGCAACUCUCUGCAGACUGAGGUAAAGCCUGUGCUGGAGAAAUUGGCUGCAGACCAAGACAUCGACGUCAAAUACUUUGCGCAAGAGGCCAUAAGUGUUCUUGCCCUGGCCUAAUGGAGCCCCUGCUGAACUCCCCAUCUCAAGCUGACCUCCACCAUCAUCAUCAUCAUCAUCAUCCAGGAUCAUUCAUUGGACUGUUAAAAGAUAGGAGGCGUGUUCUGUUUGUCGCUCUGGUAUGGAAGUGCGGGAGAGGAAGCUCUGCUUUUCUCAGUAUUUUUGGUUCGAGUGUCUGUCUCCCCCUUUCUCUCUCAGCCUCGAAUGAUCCUGAACAUCUCACUCUCACCCUUCAUUCUGACUACAGUUUGGAGGUGGUUGGAGAUGGGAUGUACAAAUCACACAUACACACAUCACAGUAUCUUUACACAGUACCCUUACUGUUAAUUAGCUUGCCUUUCUUUAUGUGCUAAUCUCCCCUCACUGGCAGCACUUUUAGAUGUUGUCCUACUAAAUGAACUGUUGUGACAAACACUUACCAGACUGUGUACCUGGUUGUCUUUUAGGAGGAACUUAUGACGAUGACAAUGACCUAGAAGUCCCAGUAAUAACUCUAUAUCCUUUCUAGUUUCCGUGUGCAAGCAUAUGGGCAGUAGUGAUUCGGAGCUUGCAUGGCUUGCUUUGAGUCUAGCCCUGUGCAUGUCAGUGUCUGGACUGAUAGAACUGCUGUUAGCAUUUAGCAUCUGUGUCUCACUUAGCUGCUAGUAAUUCUCAACCCCUGGUUCCUCAAAGCGUUGGCUGAAGUGUUUCCAUACUACGCUAUGUGCGCUAUCAUAUUCUAGCUCUCUGUCUGAACUUUUAGAGGGUUUAUUGCUUAUCCUUUAAAAAGGGACCAUUAUAAAUAUUUGCCUCUUGUAGCAGUACAGAGGACAGUAGUUCCCAGUGUAUGAAUCAGAACGUUCUCUGCUAUACUGUGCCAUCAACCAUACUAAACCUCUUCACACACACACACAAAAAAAAUCCCCUUGUGUGUUUAUAUUAAACCAAUCUGUGUAAUACUUUGAUCCUGUAUUCCUAAGCUUCUGCAUGACCCUCCUUUCUCAAAGGUGUACUACGCUGCAGUAGGGAGAGCUUCAUUAGCGACAGGAUAAAUGUUAUGGGUCAAGUCCAUUUUCAAGCAACACACUUCCUAUUUAAUGUGGUUGCUUUGCCAAUGAAAUGUUCCUCCUCAGCUUCAGAAAACGGUCUGCAGUCCCCUUUCAUUGUUGUGAUUGUCGUCAGAAUGUGCUUUUGGUUUUAUAUGAGCGUGAACUCAAGCUGUCCUUUAACAGCACAGAGAAUCAAUAAAGAAUCUGACACAAACCA